AUGGACACAACGGCGAUCCGCGGCCUCCUCCUGGCCAGCUUGGAUCCCGAUGCCGACACCAGACGGAGGGCUGAGUUGCAGCUGAAGCAGAUUGAGGAGCAGCCCGGUUUUAUGGACGUGGCCCUCGAUAUCCUUCAGGCAGAGCAAGACAACAGUGUGCGACUAUCGACUGUCAUCUACGUCAAGAACCGAGUCAACCGAUCAUGGGCGAAAACCGACCAGUACGCCAGCGAGGCCUUGAUACCCGAAGAUGAAAAGGCGCGCUUCCGCGAUCGGCUACUUCCCAUCAUGGCUGCCUCCCAGGGAGGUGUGCGCCAGCAGCUUAUUCCUGUGCUGCAGAGGAUCCUGCACUUCGACUUUCCCGACAAGUGGCCCAAUUUCAUGGACUACACCACGGAACUUCUCAACACGAAUAACGCCCCCUCUGUCCUUGCUGGCCUCCAGUGCCUGCUCGCCAUCUGCCGCGCCUGGCGUUUCCGAUCUUCCGACAAUGAAAGCCGUGUUCAUUUUGAUAAGAUCAUUGAGCUCAGCUUCCCCCGCCUCCUGACCAUUUGCAAUGAGCUCGUCACACAAGAGAGCGAUGAGGCCGGCGAGAUGCUGCACCUUGCCCUCAAGGCGUACAAGCACGCAACCUGGCUCGAGCUGUCCGCCUUCCUGCGCCAGCAGCAGAACAACAUUGCGUGGUGCACCGUCUUCCUGAACACCGUCUCCAAGGCCAUUCCCGCCAGCGCUAUGGUAGAGGACUCUUUUGAUCGCGAGAAGCAUCACUGGUGGAAGGCCAAGAAGUGGGCAUACUUCAACCUCAACCGUCUCUUUAUCCGACACGGCAACACACAGUCAGUCGCGGGUUCCAAGGAUGACGGCCAGAUGCAGUUCGCGAAGGAGUUCUCUACAACGAUCGCUCCGGAGAUCUUAAAGCAUUACCUCGCGGAGAUUGAGAAAUGGGUGGCCAAGACAGCCUGGCUGAGCCGACCAUGCCUGACCUAUACCCUCGUUUUCCUUGACGAAUCUGUCCGUCCCAAGGAGAUGUGGGAUCACCUCAAGCCGCAUUUGCAGAACCUUGUUACCCACUUCGUAUUCCCUGUGCUUUGCCUGUCCGAGGAGGAUGUUGAGAAGUUCCAGGAGGAGCCCGACGAAUAUCUCCACAGAAAGCUCAACUUCUACGAGGAGGCUUCUGCGCCCGAUGUCGCCGCCACGAACUUCCUGAUUGGCCUCACCAAAAACCGCAGGAAGCAGACAUUCGAGAUUCUCAAGUUUGUCAACGCCGUCGUGAACGAGUACGAGCAGGCGCCCGACGACAAGAAGAACCACAUCGCCAAGGAAGGUGCUCUGCGGAUGAUUGGGACCCUGGCGCCUGUCAUCCUGGGCAAGAAGAGCCCCAUCGCCGACCAAGUCGAGUAUUUCCUCGUGCGAUACGUCUUCCCCGACUUCACCAGCUCCCAGGGCUACCUGCGCGCUCGCGCCUGCGAUACCGUGGAGAAGUUUGAGCAGCUCAACUUCCAGGACCAGAACAACCUGCUCACCAUUUACCGCCAUAUCCUUGACUGCAUGGCCGACCCUGAUCUGCCUGUUCGAGUAACGGCCGCGCUGGCCCUCCAGCCUCUCAUUCGCCACGACAUCAUCCGAACCAGCAUGCAGCAGAGUAUCCCUACCAUCAUGCAGCAGCUUUUGAAGCUCGCCAAUGAGGCCGAUAUCGAUGCCCUUGCGAACGUCAUGGAGGACUUUGUCGAGGUCUUCGCCACAGAGCUGACGCCCUUUGCUGUGGCUCUCAGCGAGCAGCUUAGGGACACGUACCUGAGGAUAGUUCGUGAGGUCCUCGACAAGAACCGCAACGAGGGCGGCGAUGACGAUUUUGGCGACUAUCUUGAUGAGAAGUCCAUCACCGCGCUGGGUGUGCUGCAGACCAUUGGCACUCUCAUCCUGACGCUGGAGAGUACCCCCGACGUUUUGCUUCACAUUGAGGCCAUCCUGAUGCCCGUCAUUCAGGUCACCCUCGAGAACAAGCUCUACGACCUUUAUAACGAGAUUUUCGAGAUCAUCGACAGCUGCACCUUUGCUGCCAAGUCCAUCUCGCCGACAAUGUGGCAGGCUUUUGAGCUCAUCCAUGCGACCUUCAAGGCUGGCGCUGAGCUUUAUCUUGAGGACAUGCUGCCUGCCCUCGACAACUUUGUCCAGUACGGUGCACCGCACCUCAUCCAGAAGCAGGAGUACGUGGAGGCGCUGUUUUCCAUGAUUUCGGACAUGUUCUCCGACGCCAAGGUUGGCGGCGUGGACCGCAUUUGCGCAUGCAAGCUGGCCGAAGCCCUCAUGCUGAAUCUUCGUGGCCACAUUGAUAACUAUGUGCUUCGCUUCAUCGAGUUCGCCAUGUCGGUCCUGACGGCUACAGAUGUCAAGAUCAAGGCGUACAAGAUUCACCUCAUGGAACUGGUCAUCAACGCCAUUCACUACAACCCUAUCCUGACUCUUCAGUUCCUCGAGGCCAAGGACUGGACCAACCGCUUCUUCAGCCUCUGGUUCGGCAGCAUGUCCACCUUCUCCAGGGUCCACGACAAGAAGCUCUGCAUUGUCGCCAUCUCUGCCCUUCUCAGCCUCCCCCCUGACCAGGUUCCACAAAGCGUUUCCGUCGGAUGGCCCAGGCUGCUGCAGGGAAUCACGGAGCUGUUCAAGACCCUGCCCUCCGCUAUGAAGAACCGCGAGGAGGCGCUCAGGGAUGACUACCACCUCGAGGGCAACUACGAGUACGGUGACGACGACGAUUGGGGAGACGAUGAGGCCAACUGGAACGCCGAGGAAGGCCCCGAGGCCGAAGAGACUGGCGAGGCCCGCGACGAGAGCACGGCAUAUCUUGAGUUCCUCAACGAUGAGGCACAAAAGUUCAGCCGCGGCCUCGAGGAAGCUGAGAGCGAGGAUGACCUUGGUGAAGACAGCGUGCUGCUAGAGUCGCCCCUCGACAAGCUCGACCCGUAUCAGUUGUUCAGCGGUACCCUGAUGAAACUUGAGUCUGAACAGCCCCAGUUCUACGCAUCACUUGCGUCUCACCUAUCAGCGGAAGACCAGGCGGCCCUCCAGGGCAUCAUGGCGAAGGCCAGCGAAAACGCCCAAGCGCAGCUCAUCGCGCAACAGCAGGUCGCUGCGACGGCUAACGGAAGCGUGGCGUAG